AUGGCGCAAACCGAACGCGCAAAAUCACUACUGGCAGAGGACGAGCUUGAGCCCUACGUUCGGAAAAAGCGACAGGACGGAGGGACGCGCAAGAAAAUGCAAGGCCUCAACGAACAAGUGAGUUCAAUCCCCUCUCCCAAGAAUUCAUUCCAAAAGAACUCCGUUUAAAAAAAAAAGGAAGUUUAUCAUAAGUUACAAGUGUCAUUUUUAAAAAUGUAUAUUCUUUUGUUUAUUCAUAGUUCUAGAAUGAAAAUCUUAAUUCUUCAAGCUUUUUUUACUAGCUUGUUACUUUAACCGUGAAGGCUAGAGGUUUUGUUGGUCUCGAAGCGAUGAAAAAUAUGUACUUUUUCCGAGACUUUUUAACUAAAUGUACUUGAUAAAUAUGUUCAGAUAAAAAAAUUGCAAAAAAAAUUUUAUUUAAAGGAAAAAUCAACUACAAAGGUUGGAAAAAGGCUCCAUAGAAAUUUUCUUUUUUGCUGCUUUUUGCGCCAUUUUAUCGCCUCUUAUGCACCAUUUUUGAUGCGUCUUCUUUUUUUUCACCAUUUCUUGAGCCUCUAAAAUUCUAGAAAAAUAGAAAGGCUCGAUAAAGGGACUCUUUUUGCGACCUUUCUGCGCCCUUUUUUUUAGCCUCUCCCUCUUAGCGGCCAUUAUCCACCAUCCCGACUUUCUUAAAAACUCUAGAAUGGUCCCUAUGGGGCCAACCUUCGGGACCACUUUACCGACCCCUAUAGCCAUUUGAGCUUGCAAAAGUGGCCCCUAUAGGGGACAUGCUAGUCGAUAACUGUUGUGAACUCUAACGAAGAAGCAUUUUCAUGGAAUUUCAUGAUUUUUGGACCGACUUCAUUGCUACGAAGAAAAAAAAAAAGAAAAAUGCUAGACUUAUUGAUGAACACAACUAUGGCUCUCAAAUACGCUUUUUAUUAUUUUCGAUCAAUCGACCUUGACGUUUCAAAAUAAAAACCUAAAUUACGCUUCCAAAUCAUUUUUUUGACACUCAAAGACGAAAUAGGAGUUUCAGGAGCAGAACUUGCUGCGAAAUUCGAUCAACAGCCGUGAACGACGACGGAUGCACGAGCUCAACGAGGAGUUCGAAGCCCUGCGCGAGUGUCUGCCCUACCAGAACGACUCCAGCUCGCGGCGCAUGAGCAAGGCCAACACCCUGUUGCUCGCCUCCAAUUGGUAUCUUCCUUCUUGGUAACAUUGCUCAUCCCCGAACUCAGGAUCAAGCAGCUCACCAACGCCAAUCGGGUCCUUCAAGCUGAGUUGGCCGCGGCCAGAGCACAGGUCAGUCUCGGUCUUCUUUUCAAAGUGUUGAAUCAGAAAAAACUCCAAUUUACGCCAGUUUGGAAUUGAUGCGCAUAGAAUUGUUGAAAGAGAGGGAAACGAGGCUGGAAAUAAAUGGAUGCCGAAACCCAUUGGGCCACAGUAACACCUGACGUCGUUAGCUGCUCGUUGACGGCGGUUCUUUGAAGGGCCGCUCGUGUCGUCGAAAUCUCCGAAAGCAACAUGAGGCUUGAUGCCGAACAGUUCAACAGGAUGGGCUAA